CUCGUUCGUCCGCGGAAAGAUACGGAAAGAGAAAACGUUUUUAUAGUCGCAUUCAUACUAUGCGUAAAAUGUGUAGUUGCUCUGUGGCGUCUUUCAGUAAUCUACUAAUAGUUCAUUCUACGGUCGUGCUUUUCAUUGUGGCAAGAAAAAUUCAUCACCCCGCACAUCAAAGACAGUUGCAGCAAGAAGAAAAUCGGUUUGGAAGUGUCACUCUGAAGAACCACUUUUUUCCGCAAGAUAGAACAACAAACCUCCUGGAUAAUUAGACCUCUCUAGUCGAAAAUUGUCACUUCUGACUCCUAUUGCGUUUGAUAUUUAGCUGCAUAAGACACCUCUCGUGCGUAAAAUCUUUAUUUUCGGCGUCAGUUCGUGCGCCAACAAAUUUACCUUUACUUCUUUUUGGCUCCACAGAAGAGAUCGGUGUAUUGCAUUUCUUGUCGUCUGAACGAGCGUUGCCGUCUUUUCAAAGAAGAUUACAACUGGAAGAUAUUAAGUUGCACGACCUACAGUAGCACAGGGACGCGAAAAAAGGAAAAUUGCAUGGUCUACAAGUACAACGAACUGCAACUACACGGAAACAAGCAUUUUGUUUCGCACACGUACCAGGCACACGGAAACAAGGCACAGGACGUCGCACACGCAGUUCUUCUGCAGGCACUUGAGUAGUAUCUACCUCAAAACAAGUCGACGCCGACCACAUCAAAGUGCCGCGGUUCCUCUACCCGGCAACCCCGCAGAACUGGGUUUUGAACCUUGUCAACAUCUACGUCGCAGCUUCACCAACAGCAACGGCACCAACUUCCUUCAACCAUGACGGCGGGCGUGGAGGAGAAAACGGCGGCCGUGGCGGCGAAGAACACCGUGGAAGUGAAAAAGAACACCGCGGACGCGAAAAUCAGUAAGAACACUGGCCUGCUCAAGGAACAAGCCAAGAAGAAGAAGAAGAAGAAAACGAAGGCUGGAGUUGUCAGCGAACCUGCACCCUGGCAUCUGAUGCUCGCGACCGAAAGUGGAACUUGUGAUGCAGAAAAUAACCAAAUAACCGGCGCACAAGAACUGCAGUCCGAUAGCAACAAAAUUGACGCUGGAGAAGAUGGAGUGCCGCCACCGCUGCUGACCACCACGUCGGAAGCGAGGUAUCCUAGUGAAAAAAGCGGGUAGAGUCAGGGCCUUUUUGUCAUGCAAAAAUGAAAGUCAUACUGAAUUGGAAAAUCUGUAAUGGGCACAGGACCAGUAGCGUCCUGGGCUGCUUUUUGCGGUACUAUAAUGCAAGAGAGAUUCAUUAUUUUUCGUGGACAUGGACUUGGUUUUGGAUAUACAAGCAUGGCCCGCCACAGCUGUUUUCUCUGGGAUACGAGAACCUUGAGCACUAUGGAUCUGUCAGGAUCGAAAUCGUCAAAGUUGAAAUGAUUUUUCAUGCAUAAAAUGCAGCCCACAAAGUGCCCGUCUUGCAGAGUAGGCAAGUGAGGCAGAUUGUAAGCCUGUUGAGGGGUAGAAACUGAGGCGCUAAACUAGCAUGACAAAAGGCGUCUUCCUUAUUCAAACAGCAUGACAAACUGGAUACCGGUUCUACCCAGAUUUAUCAUGCGCCACUUGGAAACUGGAUUUCAAGUGGCAUCCAUUUUAUGCAUUACAAACUAUUUCCACUUUGACGAUUUCAAACCUGACGCUUCCAUAAGCACCACGACGCCGUCCUCGAGCUCCUCGUCGAACAGCGGCUCCUGCAGCGAUAUCAAAUGCAAAUAUCGAUCUGGGUCUGGAAGCGUGCAAGUUUGUCAUGCUCGGUUAGCAUGAAUGUGAAUCUCAAGGCCUCUGUCAUGCGCAUUACCCCAAGGGGAAGGGCCCCAACUUUCUGUCAUGCAAAAACGCAGUUUGUCAUUGACUUUGUCACACUGAAAUCACCUCAGAAAAUUGUUAUGCUGAGCCGCCACUUGAUCUGGCAUCGUCCUCGUGAUCUUUCGCCAUGCAGCAGCACAGGUUCUUUCCAGACCCAGGUCGAGAUUUUCAUUCGAUAAGCGAAGAGCUGGCCGCUGGCGGGAACUACGUCAUGUCUACUUCUUCCGGGAAAGAAGUUGAGCCCGGUUUUCUAGUAGUUGGCACUUCAACUUCUGACGCUGGUAAUACUUCUUAUUCGGCAUCUAAAAACGCGGUUUCCUUUUCCGUCGAGAUCAUCCACUGUGCGUUCGAACCCGAGCCAGUGACGUUUGGGCCGCUGCGUGUGGAGAUUCCCAAACCCUUUGAGACGAAGCUUUUCGGACAAGGACAGAACAAUGAUGAUACAGCGGGAAUAUCAAAUGCAAAAAUGUCUGGGUCUGGAAGAAUACAACUUGUAAUGCGUAUUUCAGAACACAGAGAAGUCUCUCAUGCAUACGUAGCAAAAGCUCCCCACUUUCUGUCAGCAAAAUAGGGGACUUGUCAUGCGGAUUCGGCAUUGCGGAAGCUUCUCGAAACCUGUGAUGCUAGAGCUUCCAUGCCAGACCUUCUGUGUGAUGCAAAAACAGCAUGACUCUUCCAGACCCAGACACUUUUACAUAUGAUAGGGACGGACAAUCAUCCACUGCGCGUUCGAACCCGAGCCGGUCACGUUUGGGCCGCUGCGUGUGGAUAUCAAAUGUAAAAAUGUCUGGGUCUGGAAGACUGCAACUUGUCAUGCUAAAUCUGAAGCAUGUAAAAAUCUGUGUUGCAUGAUUACCAAAAGUCGUCCAGUUUUGACCAAGUCGGGAGGGAGUUUCUCAUGCAGGAUAGGCAUGAGAGAGAUCGCACAGAAUCUGUCAUGCUAGGCCCUGCAUUCCAGACCUCAUGGGUCAUGGAAAAUCUGCAUGACAAAUCGCGCAUUCUUCCAGACCCAGACAUUUUUACAUUUGAUAGUGGAGAUUCCGAAACCCUUUGAGACGAAGCUUUUCGGACAAGGGCAGAACAAUGAUGAUAUUUUUACAGCGGGACGAACAACAACAGUUGGACUUGGAGCAGCCACUACUAGUACACCUUCAUCAACCUCCUCCGCAGUAGAUGAACUAGAAAAACUGCAGCAGCGAGCGCUGUAUGCAUUGCCAAUAUGUCUGGGUCUGGAAGGAUGCAAGGUUUGUCAUGCUUGUCUAGCAUGACUCUGAGCUCUGUAUCGCGUGCCCGCAAAGAGCUCCUCUUUCCUGUCAUGCAAAAACGAAGAUUCUCAUGCGGAUUACGCAACUCAGAACCACGGAAAAAUUUGUCAUGCUUGGCAGUGCAUUACAGUGAGCGCAUUGUAGUUCCCUGACUUGCAUCACAAGUUUCCAGACCCAGACAUAUCUGCAACCCAUACGCUGGAAUUUUGUGCGAAUUUGAAGCCAGCGGAGAUAGAAGAAUUGCUGGCCGCCGAAAGGAAAAGGAGAACUACUUCUACCCGUAAAAAUGCAGCUGAUAUCCACAGGCACAGUAAAUCUAAAUUUGCCGCACACGACGUACGAAUGCGGUUUCUGCAUGACGAGUGCUUUCUACAAUGCUAAUAGCAGCAUGACAAGUUGUACUUCCUAAUAUGCUCAAUAAAAUUGGGAAAGUCAACAUUUGUGAUGCAUUUUGAUGUACGUGCAGUACGGCAGAUUUGUAUUGCAUAACAGCCAGUACAGGGGAACAGCAGCAAGGCGAGGAAGUGGAUGAGAUUAUGGAGGAGAUUGAGAACUACUAUCAGCAAGAGUCCGGUACUAUCAAAUGCAAAUAUGUUGUCAUCUGGGUCUGGGAGAUUGCGAGAUUUGUCAUGCAAGCUUGGCAUGACUCUGAAAUCUGUAUUGCGUGGCCGCAAAGUAGAGCUCGUCUUGCCUGUCAUGCAAAAACGCAGUUUCUCAUGCGGAGUAAGCAACUCAGAAUUUUUCCAUGGAAAAACUUGUCAUGCUUGGCAGCGCAUUACAGUGCGCUCCCUAUUCCCUUUCUUGCAUCACAAGUUCCCAGACAUCCAGGGAUAUUUGCGAUGCAUAGGUACCAGUACCAUCAGUGCCGUCACCCGGCAAACCAUGGCGGGCGAUCAGAUCCGAAUCUACUUAUCAAAUGCAAAAAUGUAGUCUGGGUCUGGAAAAGUGCAUCGUUUGUCAUGCACGUUUUGCAUGACGCGUGAGGUCUGUGAUGCAUGCCCUAGCAUCACAGAUUAUGUGAGAUCUUUACCAUGCCUUUUCCGCAUAAGAAACUACCUCCCGGCCUUCUCAAAAGUGAACAGCUUUAUUGGCAAUCAUGCAACACAGAUUUAUGUAUGAUUCAGAUUUAGCAUGACAAGUUGUACUCUUCCAGACCCAGACAUAUUUGCAUUUGAUACUACUACGACGGGAAUGAUUUGUCAUGCACUGGCGGACGCGAAGGCGAACAGUCAACAUGCGGGUUUCAUGAUCCCAGCAACAAGAACAGCAUCAAGCAAUGGACCAUCACAUGGGAGGGGUUUCAUAUCGCAAGAAAAAACUGUUUCACUAUAAAUUUGUGAUGCAUUUUCCCUUUGGAGGCUGGCAUGGCGAAUUUUCUUUGUGAUGUAGUGGGACAAACUUGCGAUGCAAAAUCUGCAAAGUAAGUGUUUUACAGUGGAACAGUUUUUUCGUUGGAUAUUGCAGGAAGUGGCUGUUGGAACGGUGACCAGCUGCACGGACUUGUUCGGGGAUUACUUUCUGUGAAGACAAAGAGCAAUACUGUGAGCUGUUAAAAACAAUAGCAGCCGCCUUGUACGGCUCAUCCAUUGUCCUUUCAACAAUAUGGCGCAACAACUUACGCCCUGGUGGGUGUAGGUAACUACUUGCUGCGUUUUGAAGAGUAGUUUUCUCGAAAGUUUAAGUAGUUUGUGAUAGUAAAAGAUCAAAGUUUCUCAGAACGCGCAGCCCCCGGUUUUGGCAGAUAGUGUAUGCGUUUGUUUCGUUUUGACUGUUUGAACCCGUAUUUGAUUCUCAUUUUCCUUUAUACAAGUGCUACAACUUCUGCUACUGGUACAUUAAACCCCCCGCAUCGCGUUCUGUUUUCUACCCACAACGUAAUCAUCAAUGCACUUGUAACAUCAGCUCUAUUUUUGUCCUCACCACAA